AUGCUUUUCCUUUUUCUGGUUGUUGUGUACAGCCAGUCGAACUGUAGUUUAGGAUGUGUCGACACAUGUAUUUCGCCUUACACAUGUGGGUUAUGCAAAGAAGGGUAUGACAAUGACAAUUCUUGUUUAUAUUGUGUUUCACAGAAAGUUUCUGGUGGUAUUUUCUUAGAGAGUUCCGACGGGUGCACUUAUUAUGACAAAGUUACAUCAGCAACAACUUGGUAUCCGCAGACGGACAUUAUCAACUUUGUUGAGAACGACACAAAAGUCCUUUCCAUCAACACAAAUAGUUAUGUCGACUUCGGCCCAUGUACUUUUCCAUCCAACAAUUAUCGUUUGUGUCAGUGGGCAACCGUCAAUCUGUCGACUUUCACUAACACCGUUUUUGUGAUGAAAAUUAAACGGAAAGAAACAGCAGAGAGUAAGCACCCGACUCUAUUUGUCGACUUCACACCCUCCCAAACGAGUGCUAUAAUACCCGAUUGUUUUGUAAGAAGUGAAAUACAAAGUGACAGUGGGAUUGUUACUAUUCCAUUAGCUUCUGUUCCCAAAUCAACGGUAUUGUUAUAUGUUUACUUUUCAAUUAACGGCCUUGAUACUGUGGACAUGGAAGUCAGUGUAUUCUCUGAUGGAAAUUAUACCGACUAUAUUCAAGGUGUUGUUUUUAAUCAAGAAAUGCUCAAUCAACUGUAUUUCUACCCAGAUACAAAUUACACAGUUGUAUUCAAUUUUUCAAAUAUCACAAAUUUCCACCCCGCUCUCUGUGGGUCCAACGUAAGAGGAAAAUUUGGGUAUUUGGAAUUGUACUUAAGAGGAGACUAUACCAUUUCUAUUAACUCCACAGAGGAUAACAGAAACUUGUAUUUAAUAGAGGUAGACUCGUACUUACACUGUUUUAGGGUGUGGACCGGAGAGAGACAUGGCGAAUACGUGAUGAAUAAUAACAGUGGAAUUUACGUCACUUUCAAUGCGAGCAAUUCACCGUUCAGAAGACAGUUUCUAGUUGCGUCGCCGGACUUUUCGUACGAGCCAAAACUUGUUAUCAAAGCGAUAUGCCCGGACCACUGUAACUCGAUUAAUGGGAAUGGAGCGUGUUUCGUCACAACGGGGGAGUGUGUGUGCAACGAUGGGUUUAUAGGGAGAGACUGUCACCGGAGUUGUUGGUAUAACAAUAAAUGGGUAUAUGGUGAUGGUGUAGGGAUGUGCUACCAUGGAACAGAGCACUGUGACGAUUAUUGUGUAUGUGAGAGUGGGUACAUUAAUGAUAAUCAUUACUGUUUGAGUCGUUCGUGUAUUAACAGUGACAUGAGUUCGAUGAAGAAAUAUGAGUGUGAUCGAAACACGGAGAAUUGCAUGUUCAAUUGUACAUGUCAAGAAGGGUAUAUAAGUGUUAAUCAUCGUUGUGCGUUAAUUACAUGUGGGAACGACGUUUUAGAUGUUGGAGAGAAGUGUGAUGGUGUGCCAAAUUGUUCAGAGAUGUGUGAGUGUAUAAAUGAAUAUGAAGAAGAAGGUGUACUUAAUAAGUGUGUCAAAAAGAGUAUGCCUGCAUAUGUAAUAGUCGCCAUAGUUGUAUCUAUCACACUCUUCUUUGUUUUAGUAGUUAGUGUCACGUGUGGGAUCAUCAUCUUCAUAUUAACACGAAAGAAACCUGAAGAGAAAAUAGACUUAGAACGACAACCUUCGUACUACUUUACAACGUCGCGGUCUGUGAAUUUGGUACAAGACUCUACAAAUGAUAUCCCAAUCAAAUUCUACUUGUCAAAGAAAACAUUGGACUUUGGGAAUCCAACAAUACCCACCGAAAUAUUAACGACACGAUACGAGAAUAUCUCGUUCAGAAACAAGUCCCUCUCUAAAUCAAUGAUGGUCAUAUUUCAUACACCAAAUGACCCAAAAUUCAUACUCAAUUUUAAACCACAAGUCCUCUUUCUCUCACCUAUUUCAAAGGCUAAGACAGUCACUGCUCUUAUUACUAUAUUAUGCACCACGAAGAUAAGAGGAGUGCAGAUACCAUACACAGUCUGGUUUGCACAAUCGCGAAGUGUCCUCGAACGCAUUGAAAGAAUCUUAGUCAACAAAAGUAUACAAACGUGGACACAACUCGACCAAAUUUCACUUGACAAAGAACAAGUUGAUGUGACUCUGAAGUACAACGGAUACCUCAAAAUAGCAACAGACGCAGCGGCUUCAAUGUACAUCGACUUGGACGAAUUGGAUCUGAGAACAACACCAUUUGAAGAGAAUGACCACCAUAAGUUGUUUCUAGGGAGUUACAGAGGUAUUGUAGUCUGUGUGAAAGAGAUUUGUUCCUUGAAGUUUACUGAGGAGCAAUGGGAAGUCGUCAAAGAGGAGAUGUUAAAAGUGUGUCAAAUCCAAGCGAAGUUACGCAACCCAUUUAUAGUGAAUUACAUCGGGAAUGUGAGUUAUACAAAAGACAUUUACGUCGUCUCACAGUUUUAUACAUGCGGGUCGCUCGACACGUUCAUAUAUACGAAAAAAGAUCUGGACAACGUCGUUCUCCCCUUUGAACUCAAAAUGAAAAUGUUACUUGAUAUAGCGAAGGGAAUGCACUUCUUACACUACAACAACAUGCUCCAUUUGAACCUUAAACCAUCUAAUUUGAUGAUCAAUUCAGUCGACAAAGACUCUGCGUGUUGUAUUAAAAUAGCAGACUUUGUAUCCACACCCAAGCUUCAAAAUAUCAAAGAAGAAGUUGGCCGCGUUUGUACGGAAUAUUGUGCUCCAGAGUUUUUCAUCAACAAUUUCCAGAAACAGACGGACGUCUACUCAUACGGAGUCGUUGCUUUCGAACUCUUCUUUCAAAAGAAAGUCAAGUUAUUGGUUGUCGACGGGAAAGAGAAAUUGGGGAAGAUCAAUACACUGUCUUUGUAUGAACACUCCACGCCAAAGGCCUUUAAAGAGUUGGUCGAAAACUGUUUAAGGAGUGACUGGAACAAAAGACCAACAUCUUCAAUUGUCCUCGAUGAAAUUCAGGAAGUCUUAAGGUCGUCGAAGAUAUACAAAAACCUCGACGACGGCGUCGACUUGGCAAAGCUCGAUAACUUUGUCGAAAUGAAACAACAGCAAUCGAAUUGCGACAUGAUGAUGAACUAA